AUUCUAGAUACUGGCAAGCGACAGGAAGAAGAGGAGCAGGAAGACGGCAUGGGGCCUUGUCUGCCAGUCACACGCAAGAACUGCCUGUCUCGCCGGGGCAUCAGCGUUCUGGAGAAGCUGGUUAAAACCUGCCCCGUGUGGCUGCAGCUGGGUCUGGGCCGGGCCGAGGCAGCUGGGAUCCUGCACCGGGAGGCAGCAGGGGCGUUCCUGGUCCGGAGGGACAGCAGCUUGAAGCUUCUGGUGCUCUGUGUCCACGUCCCGUCCCCGCAGGAGAACUCAUCCGGUGUGCUCGAAUGCGCCAUCAAAGAAGAAAAAUCGAUUUUGUACCUGGAAGGCUCAGUUCUUGUGUUUGAGGACAUCUUCAGACUAAUUGCGUUCUACUGUGUCAGUAGAGAUUUACUGCCCUUCACACUGAGGCUGCCCCAGGCCAUCGUGGAGGCCAGCAGCUUCACGGACCUCGAGACCAUCUCCAACCUGGGCCUGGGCUUCUGGGACUCCUCCCUGAACCCCCGGCGAGGAAGUGGGAGCCCAGCGGAGCCCACGAGAGACCCAGCCCCCGGAGCGCCCCCAGACUCCAGCCUCAGGUCGGCCUCCCACUAUGCAAACUGUGCCUGUGAGAUCGAGCUGUCCCUGGGGAGCGACCGCCUGUGGUUUGUGAACCCCAUCUUCAUCGAGGACUGCGGCAGCACCCUGCCUGCCGACCGGACCCCCUCUGUGUGCCCACCAUCUCCCACCUCUGUCUCUACCUCACCCACCUCCAAGUGGGCCCCUCGCCGCCCAGCGCCCCCGCCCCCCCCUGCCCCUCCCCUCCCUGCCACCCCAUCUCCUCCUCCUCCAGUCUGUCCUUUGCCCACCCUUCCUCCUGCACCGUCAGCAUCUGCCCCCUACCUGCCACCUCAUGCCCCAGGCCCCCCAGACCAGCCAGGCCUGCCACCCAUGACAGCCUGUGAGAGGCUCCCGCGGCCCCCCACAGGCCUGGGCCCCUUCAGAGAGGAAGAAGUGAAGCCAGGGGCAGACCCCAGCCCGCUGCAGCAGGCACCUGCCCCUCCUGUCUCGGCAAAGAAGAACCCGCCCGCUGCUCCCCCCAGACGCCGCGUCUCCGAGAAGGUGUCCCUGGAGGACCAGAGUGGGGGGAAGGUGGGCUGGGGGACGGCAGCAGAGGGGGGGCAGGUGGGCGUUGCCAUGGCACCCCCACCCAGCCUGACUCCCACGGAGACGUCUGACAGUGCUGGGGCAAGGCCUCAGAGGACCCGGGAGCCGGGCCAGGAAGCAGCGGCCAGAGCCAGCGAGCUGGGCAGCCAGCCAGAGCUGGUGAAGAAGAGCCGACAGCCCCCGGUCCCGCCCCCCCGGAAAAAACGGAUCUCCCGGCAGCUGGCCUCAGUCCUCCCAAGUGCCGUGGAGGUCACUGAGCUCCCCACGGAGCACGGAGCCCCUGAGAAGCCCAAAGAAGACCCCAGCCCUGUCCCCCGAGCCAGGACUCAGAGCCCACAUGCCCAGGCCAGCGUCCGGCCCCAGAGCGCUCCAGAGUUCAAGGGCUCCCUGGCCUCCCUGUCGGACAGCUGGGGGGUGCCCGCCUACAUCACGGACCAGGACUCCUACUCCACCAGCAGCACUGAGGAGGAGCCGGAGCAGUUCAGCAGCCCCAGCGUGAAGAAAAAGCCCUCCAUGAUCCUGGGCAAGGCGAGGCACCGGCUCAGCUUCGCCAGCUUCAGCAGCGUCUUCCAUGCCUUCCUGUCCACCAACCGCAAGCUGUACAAGAAGGUGGUGGAGCUGGCCCAGGACAGGGCCUCGUACUUCGGCAACCUGGUGCGGGACUACACGGUGUACAGCCUGGAGAUGAUGGCGCGCCAGACCUCCAGCACCGAGAUGCUGCAGGAGAUCCGCACCAUGAUGACCCAGCUCAAGAGCUACCUGCUGCAGAGCACUGAGCUCAAGGCGCUGGUGGACCCCACCCUGCACUCUGAGGAGCUGGAAGCGAUUGUGGAGUCUGCCUUGUACAAGUGUGUCCUGAAGCCCCUGAAAGAAACCAUCAACUCCUGCCUGCGAGAGAUCCACAGCAAGGACGGCUCUCUGCAGCAGCUCAAGGACAAUCAGCAGGUGAUCCUGGCCACCACCACCACUGACCUGGGCGUGACCACCAGCGUGCCGGAGGCAUCUGUCAUGGAGAAGAUCCUGCAGAAGUUCACCAGCAUGCACAAGGCCUACUCGCCCGAGAAGAAGAUCGCCAUCCUGCUGAAGACCUGCAAGCUCAUCUAUGACUCCAUGGCGCUCGGCAACCCGGGAAAGCCCUACGGGGCCGACGAUUUCCUGCCUGUGCUCAUGUAUGUGCUGGCCCGAAGCAACCUCUCUGAGAUGCUCCUCAACGUGGAGUACAUGAUGGAGCUCAUGGACCCCGCCCUGCAGCUGGGGGAGGGUUCCUACUAUCUGACCACCACCUACGGCGCCCUGGAGCACAUCAAGAACUACGACAAGAUCACGGUGACCCGGCAGCUGAGCGUGGAGGUGCAGGACUCCAUCCACCGCUGGGAGCGCCGGCGCACGCUCAACAAGGCGCGGGCCUCCCGCUCCUCCGUGCAGGAUUUCAUCUGCGUGUCGUACCUGGAGCCCGAGCAGCAGGCGCGGACGCUGGCGUCGCGGGCGGACACGUUGGCCGAGGCGCUGUGCGCCCAGUGCGCAGAGAAGUUCGAGGUGGCGCAACCCCAGGACCACCGGCUCUUCGUGCUGGUGGACGGGCGCUGCUUCCAGCUGGCGGACGAGGCGCUGCCCCACCGCAUCAAGGGCUACCUGCUGCGGACCGAACCGAAGCGCGACUUCCACUUCGUGUACCGGCCCAUGGACGGCGGGGGCGGCGGGGGGCCGCCCUGCCUGGUAGUGAGGGAGCCCAACUUCCUGUGAGGACGCUGGCUGACGCCCUGAUGGGCCAGGCGAGACUGGGCUCCCCCUCGUCGCCCACCCCAUCCCCCCACCCCCUCUGUGGCUGGCGCAGGGGCAGCAUGCAGUCCGAGCCGGCCCAGCCCACACGGCAGGGUGAUGGUAACACCCGCACGCACGAGGCGGUGGCCCGGCUUGCUUCCUGGCGUCCUGGCCUGAAGAGGCCAAGUGCUCCCUGAGAAAGGGAACCCAGGCUCCGAGGGAAGAGGCCCUCCAGACAGCUGCUCCCCGAGCUACAGGUCACCCCUGUUCACCACCCGCUGUGCUGGCCACCCUCUCCCCUCGGCCUGCCCCAUUUCAGCCUUUCCCAGAGGCCUGAUUUCCCAUACCUGGCCACAGCUACCCCCCUGAGCUCCCAGAGUGGGGCUGGGGUGUGUGGGACCCCCCAGGGGUAUCUCCGGGUAUGUGUCGAGGAGAUGGGUCCCCAUCCUUGCUCCGGAGCCUGCCCUCAGCUACCAGUGCACAGUUCCAAGGGGUCCCCCCGACACACCUGGAACACACAGCAUGCCCGAUGGGCAGCUCCAUGGACAGACCGAGCCGCCCCCACAGAGCAGCCCUGACUAGGUCGGGCUCGCUGGACACAGCCCAGGAGGUGGCGAUUGUGCAAGAAACUCUGUGGGAGAAUUUAAUAAAAGCCUUUUUGAAAA